CAAAUGUGUUCUGCAAUCUUUGAGGGCAAUGAUAAUAUAUUAGCCAUUUCCAUAUAGCUACCCUAACUUCAUAUCCAUUAAUAUCAUUGGUUAACAUAAUUCUAUAUAUCUCAGAAUUAAAAUUAACUGACCUCGUAACAACUGCUGGUCAGAGCAGAGUUCCAAAUAUCCAUCACUGUGUGUGUGUAGGAGCAUUUACAAACUUUGCUCCAGGUAGGCAUAACUCUAAUAUUUAUAUUUAUUCUUUUCAAUAGGAUUCCCAAAACCAUAAAAAUAUCUUCACUCUGGCUGCCUUCUAUCAGAUUCCCCCAAGAAACUAAAGUAUUUUUUCUCUAGCUACCUGCUAAUAGUUCAAUGAAUUUCACACACAUCCUUUGGGUGCACCCAUGUUUAUUUUCAGUGAAAAGGAGAUUUUAUUUUUGAUCUGUACUGAUUGUGGUUUCCCAAUAAGGAAGUCAAGGAAAUAGUUGCAGAGGGAGGUACACAAACUUUAUGUUUAAGAAUUUAUUCAUUUUUCCCUUUAUAGAAAGUUGUACGCGUGCCACUAAUUUCACAGUGAGUUUUAAAUAAAAUUUGAAGUAAUGAUUUAAAGAAUGUCAACAAAGCAAUCUAUUCCUCUGUUGAUUCAAACUAAAAGGCGUAAGACUAAUGAACUCCCAAAGCCCUGAAAAAGUUAUUCAAUAUUCAAUUUGAUCAUGGCUUAUUUACACUGUAACAUGCCAGAGGCCUUGCUUUAACAACCUUUAAUUCUUCUGCUUAAUAAAUUCAAUGUUGUUUUAAACUCUGCCUUCAUAGGUACUGAAGUAAGAAGGUUUAAGAUUUCCAAUGCUAAUUACCAGUAUUAACCUAGCAUGGUCCUAGUGCCUGGAGGAAAAGGCAUAUUGGAAAGAGUCAGCAUGGACUCCUAAAGGAGUGGCCGUGUUUGCCUAAUGAUAUAGUUUUUAAGCUAAUAAAUAUGGCGGUAAAAAUAAACAUGGACUUCGAAUGUACAUUUAUACGUAUGUAGGUUUAAAGUCCAAAGGAUUAUCAAAAUGCAAAUUAAUUAUCUGUGAAUGUAUGGCAAGGCGAGUAAAAAUGUAUGCCGGGUCCUUCAAGAGUAAGCCUCACAUACUUCAAGGUUUAGGGGUAAAAGGUCGUUCUCUCAGGUUUCAAUCUCAAAGUUCAUCAAAAGGCUGCUAGCCGACUUUAUCUUAUCAAGGCUCACAGUUUUCUGUAAAUAUCUUUUCUCAGCAUUGAAGUGGUUAACAGAUCAGAAAUCCAGAGCUGUUAAAUCUUUACGAGCCUAUGAGGUAUUUGGUAUGCUUAGCAAAUAAAACGGGUUCAGCCUUUUCUUUGUCCAAUUCCGACCAUCUUCGUCUACAUCCUAUUUGCAAGCUUAAUACGUUUUGUGUAGCCAAUGAAAUUUGCAUUUGAGAGGAAAGCCAACGAGGAACGAUUUUCACAAAGCUGUGACAUGUUACUCCGUGCGAGUACUGCAGGGAGUUGAAAAGCCUGUUUUUACAGCAACAGCAAGGUAAGCUUGCUUCGUGUUCACAACCUUUGUUGCACAAGACUGGGAGACCAGUUCGUUAGUUCGUUAGUUUCCGGCUUGAUAUUCUAAGAGAGCUGACGAGCCACGAUGUCAUUGAACCUACAAGAGCAACUUGGAAGACCAAGAUUUAUCUUUGUUCUACCUGAAAAGUAGUCCCACUGUUUUGAACAGAAUUUCUUUUGUGUAACUGUAUAAAUCGGGAUCGCAAAACGGCGCUCAAAUUUUCCUGAAGUUUUCAAGCCGGACCGUUUAGCAGAAACUAGUAACCAGCAUUCCCGGGAUUCAAAUGAAGCCGAUGCUGAACAGAUAACCGAAAGCACACUCCCUGCAUUGCUCGUCUUUAAAUUCCAGGAAAAUAAACACAAUUUCGCAGUACGGAUGUGUUCGCCGACGUAACUCGACUGUAAAAUUCUCUCUGGACAAAAACUCUAAAGUGAUCGGAAAAGGAGCGAAGUUUUCGCACUAUGGCAGCCGCCAACAGCAACAGCACCCAUUGUGAGCCCGAUGAUUCCUUUAAGUACACAUUGUACAGCAGCGUAUUCAUAAUGGUAUUCGUCGUCGGCCUCGUAUCAAACUGUGUCGCCUUGUAUGUUUUGAGGUGUUCCUUAAAAUUAAGAAACGAAACCAUAACAUACAUGACAAAUCUCGCCGUGUCAGACCUGCUGUUUGUCUUCACACUGCCGUUUCGGAUUUUCUACUAUGCGACCAGGGACUGGCCCUUUGGGGAUUUGUUGUGCAAGAUUUCAGGGACGCUGUUUCUCACAAACAUGUACGGCAGCAUCCUCUUCCUGACCUGCAUCAGCGCAGAUCGAUUUCUGGCUAUCGUUUACCCUUUUAAAUCGAGAAUGCUGAGGACAAGGAGAAAUGCGAUUAUUGCGUGCAUUGUUGUGUGGUUGACCGUGCUGGGAGGAAGUGUUCCUGCGACUUUCUUGCGAACUACCAGCGAAAAGGCCAAUCAGACGAAGAACUGCUUUGAAAAUUUUUCCAACCAGACCUGGAAGAACUUCUUGUCAAAGAUUGUAAUAUUCAUCGAGAUAGUCGGUUUUAUAAUCCCGUUGCUGUUAAACCUGUUCUGCUUUUCAAUGGUAUUGAGAACUUUAAGCCAGCCCGUUACUCUUUCCCGCAGUAAAUUUAACAAGAAGAAAGUGCUCCGGAUGAUUGUUGUUCAUUUCCUCAUUUUUAUCUGUUGCUUUGUGCCAUACAAUAUAACCCUAGUAAUGUAUUCACUGGUGAGGACUGAAGCGGUGAGAAAUUGCUCAGUGGUAACUACAGUCAAAAUAAUGUAUCCCAUCACAUUAUGCUUUGCUGUGUCUAACUGCUGCUUUGACCCUAUUGUUUAUUACUUCACUUCAGAAACGUUUCAGAACUCAAUCAAGAGGAAGUCGAAGUCGUUAAGGUUUGAAUCGGACUUUGAGACCUUGCCCACUGUGGGCUUCCUCACAAAUAAUCUGCGGACAUCAAAAUCUAAAACGUUCAGUUUAGAUUCAACUGUCUAGUUAUUAAUUACAUAGGGAUAUCCUAUUAUCACGCUUUAAGCGAGCAGAAUUUUUUUUUACCAGAAUUUAAACUACAGCACUAAUUAUCACUACCGUCAGUGGGGUGUGGCUAAUGGUUCACUGACACAGUUUUCGAUCUGUAUGUAGGAUGGAAAAUGAAAGGUAAUGUAGCACUCUCGGGGAAACCGGCAGAGGAGUGUAAAAGACGAUUAUUUCAGUUUGUGAUAUAAUUAUCCACAUUAUAUAGUACUAAUUUUGCCAUUUAACUCAAUAAAGAUCAAGGGAAAGACAGUAAAUACCAGAGGUACAAAGGAACCAUUGCCACAAGCGAUUUUAUGUAAAUUUUGCUUUUAGUGGGGAGGGGGGAUUCUUUUUAAAGAUUUCUCCUUUAAUGGAAUGGACUAUAAUUGUUAUUAAAGGCACAUUUUUAAACAUUUUAUCUAUGUGAAAAUAAAUUAAUGCUCUAAUAAAUUAAUAAUCUACUCUUUAUUUAAUAAAAUAAGGAUUGAGCUGAUUAUAAUCCAAACCCUGCCACCUAUAUGCAGUCA